AGCUGGCACCGCCCACGGUGCUGCCCGGCCUGGCCCCAGCGACUCCGCGGCCCGCUCCCGCGUCAUGGGGCGGCUGGUGGCUGUGGGCUUGAUGGGGAUGGCGCUGGCGCUCUUGGGCGAGAGGUUCCUGGCGCUCAGAAAUCGACUUAAAGCCACCGGAGAAGUGGAAUCUGUAGACCUUCCAAACUGCCACCUGAUUAAAGGAAUUGAAGCUGGUGCUGAAGAUAUUGACAUUCUUCCCAAUGGCCUGGCUUUCUUUAGUGUGGGUCUGAAAUGUCCAGGACUCCACAGCUUUGCACCAGAUAAGCCUGGAGGAAUACUAAUGAUGGAUCUAAAAGAAGAAAAACCUAGGGCACUGGAAUUAAGAAUCAGCCGAGGUUUUGACUUGGCUUCCUUUAAUCCACAUGGCAUCAGCACCUUCAUAGAUGACGAUGACACAGUUUAUCUCUUUGUUGUAAAUCACCCGGAAUUCAAGAAUACAGUAGAAAUUUUUAAAUUCCAGGAAGAAGAAAAUUCUCUGUUACACCUGAAAACAAUCAAACAUGAGCUUCUUCCAAGUGUAAAUGAUAUAAUAGCUAUCGGACCAAGACAUUUCUAUGCCACCAAUGACCACUACUUCUCUGAUCCUUUCUUGAAGUAUUUGGAAACAUAUGUGAACUUACACUGGGCAAAUGUUGUUUACUACAGUCCAAAUGAAGUUAAAGUGGUAGCAGAAGGAUUUGAUUCAGCAAAUGGGAUCAAUAUUUCACCUGAUAAAAAGUAUCUCUAUGUUGCUGACAUAUUGGCACAUGAAAUUCAUGUUUUGGAAAAGCACCCUAAUAUGAAUUUAACUCAGAUAAAGGUACUUCAGUUGGAUACACUGGUGGAUAAUGUAUCUAUUGAUCCUUCUUCGGGGGACAUCUGGAUAGGCUGUCAUCCUAAUGGCCAGAAGCUCUUUGUGUAUGACCCCAACAAUCCUCCCUCAUCAGAGGUUCUCCGCAUCCAGAACAUUCUAUCCGAGAAGCCUCUGGUCACCACAGUUUAUGCCAACAACGGAUCUGUCCUCCAGGGAAGUUCUGUGGCUGCAGUGCAUGAUGGAAAGCUGCUUAUAGGCACUUUGUACCACAGAGCCUUGUACUGUGAAAUCUAAAUCGUAUAUUUGGUGUGCGAGUGUGACAAUUUCUCCUAUUAAUUUUCUAUGAAUUGCUAAUUCAGAGGGUAUUUAACCAGCAAUGUUGACUCAUAAAUGUGUGACAUAUAUAGUUAAUUUUAUUUCAGUAAGGAGAGGCCCCUUCAGUUCUUAUAGCACUUUUAACAUAAAAGGAAAAUGAAUAGUUCUUUUAAAUGCCAGCAAGAAAGAAGAAAGCUGCUUUCCCAUAAAUUGAAGACACUUUGCACAAUAAGCCUCACCUUUGCCUUCCAACUGCAGAAAGUGAGUCCACAGAAACAGGGUGAGUGCUAUUUCCUUAAAAUGUAAGUGACCUCAGUUCCCACAUUGUGACCACUGUGAGUGUUCAGAACUACUGAAUGAUAACAUGUAUUGAGUUUUUGUACUUAACAUCUUUGUUUACUGUUAAAGACAUGGAAUUAUAUUAAAGACUAACUGAAAUCCAAGUUCUGUUGGUGUUUAAUUCUCAAUUCAUGCUCCUGGGGGAUGGGAAAGCAGGCUUCCUGCAGGAUUUCCUUGGGAUAGGUAGGCAUGGUCAUAUCAGUUUCUCUUUUUGAAAGAUGAACAUCAAGGGGCCCUUUAUUUGAAAAAAAUAAAACAACAACAAUGAAAAAAUCAACAAAAUACUGCAAUUCAAAUUCUCAAUUCUUAGGGACUGUCGCAUACAUUCUCCUCCUAAAUAAAUUCUCCCCCAAGUUGGAGUCAAGGGGAGGAAAAGGGUUGGAGCUGGCAGGUCAUCUUACCUGCUCAUGGAACAGACUGUAUUGGAAGCCAGGAGAGAUGCACUCAGGUGUCCAAGAACACAUUGUCAAGCAGCGGAAGUACUAGGUUCAGGGUCAGGGUUGCCUAAAUCAUGUGGGGAAAGAUUUUCCCACUUAUUCUCCAUUCUUGAAACUGUUUCAAGCCCUGGAGAGAGAAUUUCAGGUGUUUCUUUACAUCAUAACCUGUCAACCUACUUCUCAUACUCUCUUCCCAUCUUCAUCAUCGUCAUUAAGAUAUUUGUGAGUUAAUUACAUUGUGCCCAACAAUGCACUGGAAAGGUUAUGUUCAUUAUUUCAUUUAAUCCUAAUUGCAGCCUCGAGGGAGUAGGUAUUGAUAUUAUAUCACAGUUAACAUUUUGCAGAUGUUCAAGGUUGCACACCUAAUAAGGGGUAGAUAUCAAUCUCUUUCUGAUGCCAGAGCCUGUCCUUAACAGUUACAUGGAGCUACUGCCAUAGAACUAGUGAGUAUUUCCUGUUUACUCCUUUCCUAACAUAUGUAAUUGUAUUUCUUUUUUUAAAAUAUCAUUUGAGUUCUGCUUACGAAUGAAUCAUUUGGUGUUUUCAAAUGUAAAUGGCAAAACAUUUCUUAAAGGUGACCUCUGUCCAUUUGUAUUGUUUUUAUUUAUAUUUUUAAAUAGUCUAUUAAU